CUCAGGCUCAAUUUGGCGUCAGUUCACUCAUGAGAGGUUCUCAUACCAGGCACAGUUGGCUUCACAGUUGGCUUACGAAAAUGGUCAGACUAUUGAAUUAAAUAUUCUGCCAUUUCAUACCGGAUAAGAACUGACGACAAACACAGUAUUUGCUGCCCAUACCCGGAUUUGCCAUCGGAUAAAGAUUUCCUGGCGCCUUCAAUGAUUUUAAGGACCAAAUACAGCGCUUCUUCACAUCAGUCACCAUGAGGGAGCCAGCUGCCAUCUUGUUUGUGUUUUGCAGCCUGAUUCAAUGCACUACUUGCAACUGCAAUAUUACCUGCACAACUGACUAUAUCUCUUCACUGAACUGCUCCUGCUCAGGACCGAGGCUUGCAUCCUACUAUUACCUUGAAGCAGAGUGCGGGGAUGAUGAGGAUCAUAUAAAGGUCAGCUGUGAAAUUAAAGCCCCCCAACGCUGGUGCACAUUAGAGUUGGACCCUGAGGAAUAUCAGAUUGACGCUUUAAGUACAUGCACAGUACAAGCCAAAAACUCUAACGGUGAAGGGGGAGUGGACACAAAUGACUCAACAACCCUAAUACUAUCUGAAAACAUAAAGCCACAGCCUCCUUUCAACAUUUCACUGACAGUAUCUGACAGUAGCUACAAUGUCUCCUGGAAAACAGCCUAUGCAGACGGCCAUUACCUAAUGGGUCUCUUCAUCUACAGGGUGAGGAUCUGGAUAAAGGGUGAGGAGGAACCAAGUUAUCAUUACGUGUAUGAAGACCGAACAUACUUGGAGAUUCCCUCCAGUCUCCUACGGAGUAGGAAGGACUAUGAAGUGAACGUCCAGGCUAAAGUGAACCCCGCCAGAUACAGGAAUGAUUUCAGUGAAUGGAGUCCUACUGCCAUAUUGAAAACAAAGGAUGAAGAAGAUAAUGGGCAUUACAGGCAGUAUUGUUUCAUCUUGCUGAUUGUGGUUCCCUGUCUGCUUUGUUUCUUUGGAAAAAGAAGAUUAUGGCUGACGAAAGUACAAGUGUACAUCCCCAGCCCGGAGGUUUUCUUUAGUCCCCUCUAUCACGCCUACGAGGGGGACUUCAAGAAAUGGGUGGGCCCUGCAUUCACCUUGAGUGAGUCUGAAUGCCUGGAGGGAAGCGUGGCCAUUUCAGUGAUGAAAGAGAAGCAGGUGAAGUCAUUGGAGAGGCUGUGUGAAGGGGAAGCAGAGGACAGCGGCAGCACGGCCAGCAGCUCUUUCCUCAACAUAGGGUCCCACAGCUCCUCCGAGCAGGGCACGGAGGACGGCAGCUGCAGCCAGGGCUCGAAUGGCUCCGCCGGGCACAUCUCCAUCGACACGGUGACGGUGCUGGAAGACCAGAGCCAGAGCUCAGGAAGGUCCUGGGACGCCGGCAGCAGCGGCGGCCAUUUUGUGUACCCGCCCUUCGGCCCCGGAGGGAGCGCGGACAGCGAGGCGCUGGGCCUUCUGGACGAGCGGUGCAGGUGGGACGCCGUGAUCUCCAGCGGCCGAGUGUCAGGAGGGACGGGGCCUGCCGAGGGCGCGUCUACUCACCCACCGCUCAGCCUUCUGGAGCCACAUCUGCACGACGGUGACCGCAACGAGGAGGACCAGUCCUCCAUGGAGUCGUUCAGCUUCGGCGAGCACUCAGAAGACGGCUACCCACGUGUGACCCUGGACAUGGAUACCUUCGACAGCGGCUUCCAGGAGUCGGACUGCAGCAGCCCAGCACACACAGACCCGGACAUGAGGGAGAAGACUGAUGCCCCCAUGCUGGGGGAGAGCUUCCACUCCAACUAUGUCAAACAGUGGGUGGCGGCCACUGACGCAUCGUCCCCACGAGGAGAGACAGGGAAAGACAGCUAAGGACCCCCAGGGCUGGGAGCGGGACACAAAGUGCAAAAAGCCUCCCAGAAGUAGAGCCUCAGAGGAACACAUGAACACAACAAUGGUCAUGGGGGAGAUCUGGGCAUUUUUGGCUUUCUUUUCUAAGGCAACUGUGACAGUCCCAUGUCAUCACCUCUGCACUUCAAAAUGUUUUAAUAUUACUAUGAACACUGAAGUUGAAAAUUUAAUCUUUCUUUCUCUUUUCUGGGAGGGGCACGCUGCCCAUGUCAAGCAGAUGAACUGUAGUCUGUAAUCUCCCACUGAACUACCCCUCUUGUUUACAUUUCAGUACAUACUCAGUGUGAUUAAUAUAUGUGACCAGCCAUAACCAAUGACUAGUCAUAGCAGUUGGAAAAGAUGUUUAUGACAUAAAACAUGACAUUGACAUUUGACUAUUCAAUACUUGGUAAAUGGUUGGCAUUUAUACAGCGUCUUUAUCCAAAGCGCUGUACAAUUGUCAUUCACCCAUUCAUACACACACUCACACACCGACAGCGAUUGGCUGCCAUGCAAGGCGCCGACUAGCUCAUCAGGAGCAUUUGGGGGUUAGGUGUCUUGCUCAGGGACACUUCGACACAGCCCGGGUGGGGGAUCGAACCGGCAACCCUCCGAUUGCCAGACGACUGCUCUUACUGCCUGAGCCAUGUCGCCCCGAUACUUGGUUCAAACUGACAAUCUUUCUCUCAUUUCAUGACAAUUGCUUUGUGGAUUCGUUGAAGGCGCUACUUUGUUAUCAGUGAUUCAAGGCCUAUUAAAAAUGUACAGGAAAGACUCACCUCACUGGGGAAAAUAUCCAGUGUAUAAUAUUAACGUAAUCAAAUAUUACGUCCUGUACCAACUAGUGUGUGUAAUCUAUUCAUGUAACACUGUGAUAGGGACUAUUUGACAUUUUCUUAACAUUUCAAAAUAUUGUUACCAAUUUCAACAGGACAUAGAGUCAUGGAGUCUGUGUGGUGAAUGGUUUGUACAUAUGGAAUUGGAGAUGAGCAUAUUAUUCCUUCCUCAGUUUCAUACCACUAUGAAGUGGUGCACAGAACAUUAUUUUGAAGAAAACUUCACAGCCCCAUUCAUGAGACAAUGAAGCCCAGCCCCUUCUUGGAGCAUAUCUUUAGACAAGAUUAUAUGCCACAGUCCCUAUCAGGUUCUUCCCGUGGAAUGUACUGUAAACACCUGUCAUUGGAUCCACAAUUUCACAAAGCAACAGAUGAUACUGUAAUGUUUUAAAUAAAAUGACUUGAUGACGCA